AAACCGCAAAUAUCAGAAACAGAUGACUUAUCAAGUCAAAGCUUGUCAGGGAACGGAGUUUGAAAAGGUUGCUCUCCCAACUCCAUUUGGAAUAGUCUUUCGUCACUCUAGUCAGUUGCCCGAAAAUAUUGCUAGUCUUAACUUAGUCAGUGGUGGAAGUGCGACUAGUACGGGAUACUUUACUGAAGAGAGGUUCGAAGAGCUGGUAAGUCUGAUUCGUACCAGAGGAAGUGGCACUGUGGUCGUUCCAAACAGCGCUAAAACACCUUUGAACCCUUCAGACUUUAAGAGAAGAGCAGAAGCUUCAAAAUCCAUCUUUCCUGGAACACCAAGUCUCUCGCGAGAAAAAUAUUCAGAUAUGAUGGCUUCAUUGGGUUAUCAAGUAUUCCGAGAUGAUUCUCAAAUUUCGUCUCCUUCAACAAGAGAAAAAUUGUCAAUUUUACAACAACUUAUCUUUUUUCCUGAAUCUCUUAAGAUUCCUUUCUUUUUGGAAUGCAUACGCCUAGAUGGUCCUUGUGAAAGAGAUGAGUUGCUUCGAAGCCAAUCUGUAUAUUCUCUGGCUAUAUUUAUAAAACAGGGUGUCUGUAAUAUGGAGUGCGCAGAGGCGAUUCUUUACGCGCUGAACAGUGAUCCAGACUCUACUGUCAGAGCAUCAGCAGCGUCUGCAUUAGGAUUCAUAGGACAGAAGAGCAAUGUACAAGCUCUGAUUCACAGCACUCUGGAGGAUGGAGAUUGGCUAGUAAAAAUGACUUGCAUUAACUCAUUAGGAGAGCUGAAAGAUAGUCGUGCCAUUCCCGUUCUAUUAGCUCUUCUAAAAAAGUUUUCCCCGAGUGUUCCAAAUCGAGAUUCUUUUAUAAUUCAAAGUUUAAUAGGAUCUUUAGCGGAGCUCAAUGCUGUUGAGGCGGUGCCAUAUCUGAUACAAUUCAAAGAAAGUCCUGAAGAAAUGCUUCGCUUUCAGUUAGCAGAAUCUCUUCGAUUUUUCAAGAAUAGUCAACAAGCUAUCGAAGCAUUGCAAAGCCUUACAGAAGACAAGUCAUCACGAGUUUCUCAUCAAGCAUUGAUAUCCCUGAAUUUCAUUCAAGAGAUGUCAUAAGGAGACUCUUUCGUUUCAUUCAUUUUUCUAAAAAAUGUUUGAAGCUCGUCGUUAUUUCGAAUGGGGAACAUUUUUCUUGCGAAAGUUGAUAAAACACAAAAGUAAAAUUGUCCAAAAGUACUGAUAGACGUUAAAUUCACCAUCGAAUUUCGUUUCACUUUCGACACUACAAAAAUCUUUCAGGAAAGCUCAUUUAUUAGUUCAAAGGGAGCAAGAAACGAAAUGGAUAAGUAACACAACCGUUCUCCACAUUCCUUUGAAACAUCUUUUUAAUAUCUUCAAGACCACGUCGUAUACAUGGAUAGAAAAAGAAUCUGGCUAAUCAGUGAUAUAGUUUUUCUACUGACAACAAACUGAGCCAAUAGAUUCCUUCUGAAAAUCUGGAAGUUUUCAAGAGACGAGAAUAAAGUAUUCUAUUCAAAACGUCCUGUACUCAUGCAUUUUUCUAUACUCCCGCCAGAAGAAUAUUAAAAGAUUAUCAAGACAACAGACAAAGAUAUCUCAGAGAAAGAGACAGUAAAGCUUGGAGCAAGUAUAAGCGAUAUCAUAACAUACGUUCCUAGUGCUAUAAUUAGACAGACCUUAGUAGACU